UAAUCAUGGACGGUCCUCGACCUUUGCACUAAGCUUCCCUAAACCCCCUCACCUUUCAAAAACUUCACUAAACCCCCUGACCUUUAUGGCGGCGCCAUUCACGGCCCUUCUGAAAAAAAAAAACACAAAAUCGCGGCGCCGCCAACGAUUUAAUCGUUUGCAUGCGUUUUCCUCGCCACCUGUCGACCCACGUGACCUGUCCUCUGUCAGUUGCAACAGUCCCUCUCUCUGACAUGCCGGUUGACUUUUCAAAUUUUAAAAUCAAAAAAAAAAUUAACCGCUCGGUAACUUUUAUCUCUCUUUCAUCUUCUUUCUGACAUACUCUUUCAUCCUUCUCUUCUCUUCCCUUUUUUCUUCUGAAACUCAUUCUCUUCCCUUUUUUCUUCUGAAACUCUCAUUUUCACACCGCCAUUGUCUCGUCGAUUGCCUGUUCAUCUUCCGUGCUUUCUGUGUUUUUGCAUUGUGAAGAAGAAAAAAUAACGAAGGAACAAAACAUAAAUUUAGAGUUUUUAUAGUGAAAGAAUUACAAAAAUGAGAAAGAAAGGAAAAGGAAAAUCAAAGGAAAGAGAACGAACGGGACCACCUGGAACUGCUGGAUGGGGUUUAAUGGAUGAGAGCGAUAGUGACGAAGUGGUGGAAGUGUCACCAGGUUUUGAAUUUUUUCAAAUCAACCUUCACAUUAAUGGGUCAUUGGGGGAAUGGGGUUACCAUGAUGGGGAAGUGUCCACCGGCGUUUAUUCUGUGUCUGGUAUGACUAUGAAGAAAUUAGAUAGAUGGAUGAAAAGAGAAAAAGUUGAGGGCUUAGUUGAUUAUUACUGGAAAGAAAAAGACAAGGAAUUUCAUGAUUGGAUUAGACCGAUAAAUCACGACGAUGAUGCUAUGGAAAUGGCAAGUGCUGGGAAGAGGGACGGAGAAGUGGAUGUCUAUGUUAGGAAACUGACCGUUAAAGACAUUGAGGCUUUAGUCCCUCCGCCCCCCUCGCCCCCACAUGUUGUAAUUGAGGAGAUACCAAAUCCCAAAGAUUUAGCUUAUGUGUAUCCCACUCCCGUGAAAAAAGUAAGGGGUAAACCAUUGGCUACCAAGGCUGGUGGGAGUAAACCACUGGGUACCAAGGCUGUUGGUGAAGGUCCUUCAGAAAGUGGGGGGUCAUGGAUGAGUCCAUAUGUAAGUGAAUAUGUAAGUGAAGGGGCUUCUAUGGUCCAGGGAAAUACGCAGGCUCAGGGGAAUGAAGGGGCAGAUUUUUUGGGACAAACUGACACUGGGAAUGAUGAGGUUGCUGGUGAGCGGGCAAAUGAAGAGGCAAGCGUUCAGAUGACUGAUGAAGAUUGCCAUGAUAAGGGGGAUGGGGCUGCUGAAGAUUGCCAACUUAUUGGAGCUGAGGCUGGGGCUGUGGAUGGGGCUGAAGCUGAUGCUGGGGCUAUGGAUGGGGCUGAGGCUGAGGCUAUGGAUGGGGCUGAGGCUGAGGAUAUGGAUGUGGCUAUGGAUUUGGCUGAGGCUGAGGCUGGGGCUGCUGAAGAUUGGCAAGUGAAUGGGGUUGAGGCUGGGGCUAGUGAACAGCAUGGGCCACAAGAGGAAGAAGUUCCAAUUCAGGGGCCACAUGAGGAAGCUCAGGAUUUGGGGGCUGACGAUGGGCCGCACAUGGAUGAGGUUGAGGGGCUGCAUGAUAAGGGUCCUACUCAACAAACUCAAGAUGUGGACUUCGACAAUUUCUUCCAGACCCAACAUCAGCCCCCUUUUGAGGGUUUAUUUGAGGACCAGAACAGGGAAAUACCGCAAAGGCAAAGUGAAGACCAGCCACCGAUGCCCACUGAAGAAGAGCUUCAUCAUUCACAUGAAUGGGUUGAAGUUGAAGAUUGGGAUGAUGAUCUAGAUGAGUACAUUGUGGAUCCUGAUUAUGACAUCUUGGAUGGUGAUGAAGAUUUGACUACCGAGUUGAGGUCAAACGGUCAGUUGCCUGAAGAGAAUGAAGAGAAUGAACAGGAUGAAGAGAACGAAGAGAAUAUUGGUGCUUCGCAGAACAGGGCUGGUGGGAGACCCAAAGGUAAAGCCCAAUUUGAGUCUGGUGGUGUUGACAGAACAAUUCACCAGGACACUGUGGGUGGUGAUUCAGAGUACGUAGAGUCUGAUGGAAAUAGAUCUAUUUCAGAUUCAGAAGAAGAGGGGGGGGAGGAUUUUAAUGUGUUUGAUGAAGACCACGACCAUGAGGGUCCAACUUUCUCUAUUGGAAUGUUGUUCACUGACAGGGAGCAGUUUAAGAAGGCCUGCCGUGAGUGGGGGAUACACCACAGGUACCAACUGCACUUCCCUGUAAAUGAGAUAACAAGGGUGAGGGCAAAGUGCUACUCAAAGAGCAAAUGUAAGUUCUACGUGUUUGCCUCAAAGCUGCACCUCAAAGAUCCCAAUGACAACACAUUCCGAGUGAAGACCCUUGAUCUGCGCCAUACAUGUCCUAAAGUGAGCAAAAACUUCCACCUGACUAGUGCAGUCCUCGCCGACAAGUACUUAGAAGAAUUUAGAAACGAUCCUGAAUAUAAGUCUGAAGUGUUUGUGAAGAAGAUUCAGACGGACCUAAAACAAUCAAUAAGCAUUCAGCAGGCAAGAAGAGCAAGAAGGGCAGCAUUGGACAAAUUGGAGGGUGAUGAAGACCGGCAAUAUGAGAAGCUGUAUGACUAUAAGAGGGAGGUUUUGAGAACCAACCCAGGCAGCACGGUGGAGUUUAAAGAAGCAAGGGGGAAGUUCCAGGGAAUGUAUGUAUGUUUUGAUGGGUUGAAGCAGGCCUUCGUGAAUGGGAUGAGACAGAUUGUCUGUCUGGAUGGGUGCUGGUUGAAGGGUAAAUACGGUGGUCAACUUCUUUCUGCAACAGGGAUUGAUCCAAACGACUGUAUGUACCCCUUAGCAUAUGCCUGGGUUAAAACGGAGAACACGGAGACCUGGAUGUGGUUUAUUGACAAUGGCUUGUGUUUGUGCAGUGUUGUGCUGUCUUUCAUAAUUGGUCGAAAUGUCAAGGGCUAUAUUAGACUUCACAGAGAAAUAAACCGCCAAAAAAAUGAAAACUUAAUGGCAAAGAUUAGCAAUGGGUUUUCCAAGAAACCCUUUCAUUACACCCGUUCCAUCAGUUGUAUUGUUCCAAUGCAGCCUCUUCGUUAA